UGCGGUUUAUUUUGUGAGGCACAAAGAAACUAGACAAAGAUUUGCCAUGAAGAAAAUAAAUAAGCAGAACCUCAUCCUCCGAAACCAGAUCCAACAGGCCUUUGUCGAGCGUGAUAUCCUGACAUUUGCAGAAAAUCCGUUUGUUGUCAGCAUGUAUUGCUCCUUUGAGACAAGACGUCAUUUAUGCAUGGUCAUGGAAUAUGUAGAAGGUGGCGACUGUGCUACUUUGCUGAAGAACAUGGGUCCCUUACCAGUAGACAUGGCAAGGAUGUACUUUGCAGAGACUGUUCUGGCCUUGGAAUACCUUCAUAAUUACGGAAUUGUACACAGGGAUUUGAAACCAGACAAUUUAUUGGUAACAUCUAUGGGGCAUAUAAAGCUUACAGACUUUGGCUUGUCAAAGGUGGGGCUAAUGAGUUUGACUACCAAUCUGUAUGAGGGACACAUUGAGAAGGAUGCCAGAGAAUUCCUCGACAAACAAGUCUACGGCACACCUGAAUACAUAGCUCCUGAAGUGAUACUGAGACAGGGUUAUGGAAAACCCGUGGACUGGUGGGCUAUGGGAAUCAUCCUUUACGAAUUUCUUGUUGGGUGUGUGCCUUUCUUCGGAGAUACACCAGAAGAACUGUUUGGACAAGUAAUCAGUGAUGAGAUCAACUGGCCUGAAAAGGAUGAAGCACCACCUCCAGAUGCCCAGGAUCUGAUUACCCUGCUGCUCAGACAGAAUCCUUUGGAAAGACUGGGAACAGGUGGUGCAUAUGAAGUAAAGCAGCAUCAGUUCUUCAGGAGCCUUGACUGGAAUAGUCUGCUGAGGCAGAAAGCAGAAUUUAUUCCACAAUUGGAGUCUGAAGAUGACACAAGUUAUUUUGACACUCGUUCUGAGAAAUACCACCAUAUGGAAACUGAGGAAGAGGAUGAUACCAAUGAUGAAGAUUUUAGUUUGGAGAUACGACAGUUUUCCUCAUGUUCACACAGAUUUUCAAAAGUUUUUAGUAGCAUAGAUCGAGUCACUCAAAUGCAAGGUGAAGAAAAGGAAGAUGCGGGAGACAAAACAAAAAAUAUAGCAUUGCCUUCUAUGGAAUCUUUAAGCUGGAGUUCAGAAUACUCUGAAAUACAACAAAUUCCUACAUCCAUCUCCUCUGACACUGAGAACAGCAAGCAGCACCACAGCUCUGGUUUGCUUCCGAAGUUGGCCAUAUCAGCUGAAGGAGAACAGGAUAAUUCCACCAGCUUAGUGGGACCCCAGGAGGAACAGGAAAGGCCUGCAUUUGUCAGUGAGGAAAUAGUGCAAGAUGAACCUGAAGUAACCACUCCAGCAAGCACAAUAAGCAGCUCCACAUUAUCAGUUGGCAGUUUUUCAGAGCACUUAGAUCAGAUAAAUGGAAGAAGUGAGAGCGUGGACAGUACAGAUAACUCCUCAAAGCCACCCAGUGAAGUUGCAUCUCACAUGGCUCGUCAGCGAUUAGAAAGCACAGAGAAAAAGAAAAUCUCUGGAAAAGUCACAAAGUCCCUUUCUGCAAGUGCUUUGUCACUCAUGAUCCCAGGAGACGUGUUUGGUGUUUCUCCUUUGGGAAGUCCUAUGUCUCCUCACUCCCUGUCAUCUGAGCCUUCAUCCUCCCGAGAUUCAUCUCCCAGCCGUGAUUCGUCGAUGGCUUCUGCAAGUCCUCAUCAACCAAUAGUAAUUCACAGUUCAGGGAAAAAGUUUGGCUUCACUAUCCGAGCAAUCAGGGUUUACGUGGGUGACAGUGAUAUCUACACUGUGGACCAUAUUGUUUGGAAUGUGGAAGAAGGAGGUGCAGCUUACCAAGCAGGUUUAAAAGCUGGAGACCUGAUUACUCAUAUCAACGGCGAGCCAGUGCAUGGUCUUGUUCAUACAGAAGUUAUUGAGUUAUUGUUAAAGAGUGGUAACAAAGUCUCAGUAACAACAACCCCUUUUGAAAACACUUCCAUCAAGACAGGACCUGCCAGGCGAAACAGCUACAGGAGCCGAAUGGUCAGGCGCAGUAAGAAAACCAAGAAGAAAGAAACUUUAGAGAGGAGAAGAUCUCUCUUUAAAAAGCUGGCCAAGCAACCCUCUCCUCUGCUUCACACCAGCAGAAGUUUCUCCUGCUUGAACCGAUCACUUUCAUCAGGAGAGAGCUUGCCUGGGUCUCCAACCCACAGCUUAUCUCCUAGAUCACCUACCCCAAGCUACCGCUCUACUCCUGAUUUUCCAUCAGGUACUAACUCUUCCCAGAGUAGUUCCCCUAGUUCAAGUGCUCCCAAUUCUCCAGCUGGUUCAGGACACAUAAGACCCAGCACUCUUCAUGGCUUGGGUCCAAAGCUUGGUGGGCAAAGAUACAGAUCAGGAAGACGCAAAUCAGCUGGCAGCAUUCCUCUCUCUCCUCUCGCUCGGACACCUUCUCCUCCGCCACAGCCAACAUCCCCUCAGCGAUCUCCAUCGCCAUUGCUAGGACAUUCCAUUGGAAAUACAAAAAUAGCUCAAUCUUUUCCUAGCAAAAUGCACUCCCCUCCAACUAUUGUAAGGCAUAUUGUUAGGCCAAAAAGUGCAGAGCCACCAAGAUCUCCACUGUUAAAGAGAGUUCAGUCUGAAGAGAAACUUGCACCCUCUUAUGGCGGUGAUAAGAAACACUUAUGUUCACGAAAACACAGUCUGGAAGUGACCCAGGAAGAAGUGAAUAGAGAAUUGUCCCAAAGAGAAGUAACUCUUCAGAGCUUGGAGGAGAGUGUAUGCGAUGUGCCAUCACUCACACGAGUCAGGCCUGCAGAGCAGGGCUGCUUGAAACGACCCAUCUCCCGAAAAUUAGGUAGGCAAGAAUCGGUCGAUGAGCUAGACAGAGAGAAACUGAAGGUCAAGAUAGUUAUGAAAAAACAAGAUUUUGCUGACAAAGCAAAUGCUGCUAUACAUGAACCUAGCAGUGAACCUGAAAAUACCAGUACCUUAAGAUUGGAAGAAAGAGACAAAAAAGCAUUCCAGAAGGUAUUAGAGAGAUCAACUCAGUUUGAAACAAAAAUUGUUGCUUUGGAGACCCAGUCAGCUGGUGGCAUGCUUAAAGACACCCUUCAAAAGAAUGCAAACUUGAGAUCAAAUGAUUGUGUUGCUCUAGAUGCACAGUUGUUGUGUCAUGGGCCUCCUCCUAAUGAACUCAGUCACAUUUCUUACGACUUCAGAAGAACUUCCCCUCCCUGUACACUCCAAGAUGUGCUACCUCAGUCCUCUGACAGGAUGCUAAAUGGAAAGGGAGAAAACACAGAUAAAAAUGUACCAGCAAAAGAAUUUGUCAAAUUUGAAAGAUUAGAUGGCAAACUUGCAAAUAUUGAUUAUCUUAGAAAGAAAAUGUCCAUUGAAGAAAAAGAUGAUAGUGUCUGUCCAGUGCUAAAACCCAGAUUGACAUCAAAUGUUCAUGAAUGCCUUCAGCUUAAUACAGGCCGACCCAUAAACGUACAGCAGGACUGCACUGCUGAUGGUAGAGCGUUUAUUGGCAGUGCCCAUGCUGCUCAGAUUAACUCGGUUUCUUUUGUUCCUCUCAAGACCUUGAACAGCCGAGCAGACAUGAGUGUGGAAAAAUCAGCCCUUAUAUCCACUGAAGCUCCUGUCAGAAAAAGUCCAUCAGAAUAUAAACUUGAGGGGAGGUCUGUCUCCUGUUUGAAGCCAAUAGAAGGUACACUAGACAUUGCCUUACUUUCUGGACCACAGGCUUCCAAGAAUGAACUGCCUUUGUCUGUGCUGCCAGAAGGACAGAGCACCAGCAGUGAUGCGGGAUCUCCUAAACCCCCAGCACCACCAGGGAAUGGUGGGAAGGCAGAACUGUCCUGUCAGAAAGAGCAGUUAUUAAGCUAUUCAAAGUCUGGCAAAGUCAAUGUAUCAGAGCGUCAGGUUCUGCAAGUAAGCAAGAGUUCUUCAGAUCCACCAGUCAUCCCUGUGGCUGCGGAAGUAGCGACAGAGAAGAAGGUUUCUAGUUCAGCUAGUAAAGGCAGUAUUUCUGUUACUGAAGCUGUUCAAAAGGAAGACACCUCCCCUUCAAAACAAAAGGACAAUUCAAUGGAGGUGAAGUUUUGUGUUACUCAGAAUGUCAAAACUAAAACGUACUCCAAAGUUUCUGCUGUCCAAAGCACUCCUGAAAAAGCUGUAGGAAAAGAGAAGCAAAUACAAAAGGAGUUGCCUGACAAACAGCCAGUAGCUCAGAGAAGUUGUGAGCCUAUCCCUGCAAAGGUGGAGGUGAUCAGGGAGUCAUCUUUGAAGGUGUCUGUCUCAGAUGUCCUGAUAAUGAGCUACUCCAAAAGCAAUGAAAAAAACUGUGCUGAUUUUGCUAUUCCGUCUCAGAUGCAAGCUAAAAAACAGGCGGCCAGCCCCAAGGCACAACCUAAGGAUGGCAAAGAAUCACUGAAACAGCUAGGCAAAGAUGACAGCACUCUUGCUAGUAGUUUUGUGGAAAAGGACAUAACCAAGCAGAAGGUCCUCGGGGAGUCUCAGAAAGUUGUCUCAGAGUCAAAGAGUGAGGCUUUUCCACCCAAACAGCCCAUGCAACCCUCAGUUGAUUGUGAUCCUAAAACCGAGAAGUCUGUAUUGGUUUCUUCUGUGCAGAAGGACAAUGCCAAAGAUUUAGGAAAGAAAGACCAGAAACAGCUCACUGACGUAAGGCUUCAAACUACUGAGGGAGAGCAGUUGAGCCAAGUUCCUCGACAACAACUUAGUGCUUCAGGGUCCCCUGCUGUGAGAGACGCUGCAAGCAUAAAGUGUGCCGUAGAUGUUCAUGUAGGAGUUCAAGAACACGUGAAGCCUGCUUCCACCUCUGUGGAAGGCAGCAGUAAUAAACACAGGUCAGCCUCUGAUGCAGGUUCCUCUAAGUCUAAGUACUUGGAUAAACAGACAUUGUCACAAAAAACAUGCACUCCAGCUGUAAAAGAAAAAGAAACUACUACUCAGAUGUCUGCCAGCUCGCGGAAGGAUGGGAAACAUGCCAGUAAAAAUAUGCUAGAUCCUGUUCCUUCUGUUCCAGGCUCUUUGAAAAAAGGGAGCAAUGAACACAUGCAGGCUGAAAGUCCUGUGAAUUUGGAGCAAGGCUCAGUUGCCACCCUGCAAAUGAGCACCACUUCUCCUGAUACCAAACCCAAAUGCUCUGCUGUUGGCGUGGUAGCAGCAGGCCCAGAGAAUUCUAAGCAGAUGCAGAGCCAAGAACCAGCAGGCUUGGGGGAAUCUGCUGAUCAAAAGCAGCUUCACCUCCAUGAAAAACAAACCCUGUUUCCAAAGUUCUCCACUGUGAAAGACUGUCUCUUGCUGAGCAAACAGGCAGAUAAAAGUCCUAGUAACGAGAUAAUCUCUGCAGACAAAAGACCUGAAGGAAAAAUAUGCACUGAUGCACUUUAUGUUCAGCUCGACAGUGGGAAAGUAGAGGCUCCCCUUCGCCUUGCAAACUGCGAUUCCAGAGGGAAAGGAGCAGAAAAAGCGACUGCAAGUAGCAAAAGCUCUCAAGAUUCAAAAGGGAAAGGGCAAGUUAAUCAAAAACAGCCAGAGGAUGCAAGCAAGCAGAUGGCCGUAAAACACUUGCCAACUGCCAGUGGACAGAGUGCUUCUCGUGUGGCUGCAACACCAGGAAAGCCACUGACUUGUUCGGUCAAUUUCUCUGAAUGUAAACAAGAAGUCUCUGUUUUGUCUUCAGCAAAAAGUGAUGCAUCCUCAGCCAAGGUCAAAGCAGGCUCACCUGAGCUUCCUGCAACCUGCAAGGAACUGAAUAAGAAAAGCGCCUCUUCCGCAGGGAGCGGUAGGGCAGAAAUGACUAAAAGCGUUUCACUGAUGGCCUUGCACAGUUCUGCUGUUGUAGUAGAAGCCCAUUACUCUGCUACAAACCUUGGAGGGAAAUCUGCUAAUCAAGAAAAGUCUUUUUUUGUUAACACUGUGGAUGUAAAGGGAAAAGAUGCCAUCCAGGCUCAUCAGUCUGCUUCAAGGAAACAGAAUGUAGGUAAGGAUCCAUCCAGGUCAGCAACCACACCCGAACGCCCAAACGCACUUUCUGACGACAAAGACUCGGCUCGGCCACGGCGAGGAAAAGAAGCUCCGCGGAGCAGUCCUCACAAAAAGUCUUGCUAA